UUGUCAGAAUGAAAUGUUGAUCCGCGCUGUUUCUCGACGACGCUCCGCGUCGAUGUAAUUUCUCGCCAUGGAAGAGCGUCGAGGAAAUAGUCAGAUGUCACAUGUUGCCCACGUGAUCUUGGAAGAGGGCAGCGCGUUUUCCGCCAUAACCCUGGUUCACUUCUCAACUUCUCACUCAUCGCCGUCGAUCAAAAUUUUGGGGGAAAAACCGCUCCUCUCCUAACUCAACCCUAGCCAUCCCACUACUCAUCUUUUCUCCCAAAAUCUCUAGACCCAUGAGAGUAGAUCUCGAUUCCAGUACUCUCGAUCCACCGCUGCUUUUCUUCUCAUUGAUUUCUUCUGGGAUACAUAUCGAUGUGGUAUGGACAAUGGGACUCCAAUGCACAAUACUCGUACACCAAUGCAUUCCUUACAUGAUUCUUACGGAGAUGCGCGAGUUUAAUACAGGGAUAUUAGGAGAGCUGUUCAAUUCAAUUGAUGGUACCGUAUAUUUGUGUAAAUGGAUUUGGUCAAGGAUGCAUUUGAAGAUGAUGAUGGUGGAAGAAAAGAUUCAAGGGAUGAUGCAUAACUCCUCAAACUAUGAAGCUCAUAUUCUUGAAGUUGUAGGCUUUAAUUUGAGUGGCCUUUGUUUUGAAGAUGCCAUUUUAGAAUAGUAUGUUGGAAUUUUAAAAGUAAACGUGAUGUUUUGGAGAUACUAGCUUGCUAUAAUUAAGUAUAUAGAUUGGAUAUAUAAUGUGUUAACUUAAAUUCGAUAUGUUUUGGAGCGAGUAC